CCAAGACAAUCUGCAGCUACUCAAGUCACAGAAAAGAAAGUAGGUCAUAUGUUGUAAAUAUUUAUUUUCAUUUCACGAGCUAUGUUGUUUGUUUUUAUUUAAUUAAAUAUCACUGAUAAAACUAUGGUUGAUGUAGCAUUAAAAAAUGAAAUACUCUUUAUUGGAAUACUUAUUAAUUCUUUCCCCAAAUAGUUUUAAUAACUAAAAUAUUAUUUUUGCAGGUCCAAUUUCGACUGCUUUAAAGAUCUCGACACCGUCCAACCAUAUAUCAUAGAAAAUCAACACGCCAAAGAAAUCUGGACCAGUUGCCAGCCAUUUGGAGACCUUCCAGAAGAGUCAGCCCUCAAAAUUAUGGAAACUUUUGGGCUAGAGGUUAAUUGCAGUUUCAAACUCUGAAAGAAAAACUAUUUUUCAAGAUGCUAGUAGACCAGCAUUGUUGUAGAGGCACUUCAUGUAGUAGUUUUCAAUUUUAUGUUUAAUAUAUAUUUGGGUGUGUAUGAACUUGGUAUAUAUGUGGGUGUGUAUGAACUUGGAUCCUUGGAUGUAGUUUUUGCCAGUUUGGCCAAAUAAAGCUAUUUCAAAUUUUGCAUUUCAGAAUCUUAAAAUCAGCGUAUUAGACAAAUUUAAUGUGAGGUGUGAUCCCAAACAGCCCAUGGUUGUCUUCCCUGCCUUUGUCAACAACACGCUGACUGGUGUGAAAAGACUGACAUGUCACCCACUAGAGGAUGAUACAGCACCUAACGUUAGAGAGACCUACACACCCAGGUAUUUCACCCAUCACAUACCUACUGCACCAAAGCAUGGUACAAUUCAUUAGCCAAAAAACCAACAGUUGACCUUGCACGCAGAGAAUAGUAAGAUUAAUAUCCCAUUCAAGACAAUUAUUUAGUAAUAACUACUACACACAAAGAACCCUGAUUAUGUUAUGAGGCAGUUUAAACUGUAUGCAAUAAGGGGAAUGAAGAUAUAUGCAUGUGACAGUGAUAUAUCCCCUCCAGGUCAGGACCGACAACUCUGUUUGGGCUGGACACAAUACCGACUGGUGCCACAGAUGUUGUCCUCACAAGCAGCGAGACGGACGCCAUGACUGUCUUCCAGGAGACCAAGAAAGCUGCCAUAUCUUUACCCAAGGGUUUCAGUUCUUUGCCACAAGAGGUGAGGGGGUUGUUUGGGGGGGGGGGGCAUGAUUGGUGUCUGUGUAAGUUGGGAAUAGUAAGAAAAACAAGCUCGUAAAUGGUGUUCUGACAUUGGGAUUUAAUCCUGAAAUGCCCCCCCCCCCUCCCUGGCCGGGCUGAUUAUCAUGAAACUCUGCGACAACAAGGUGGUUCAUGCUGAGCAUUUGGAUGUAAGAAAACUAAAGUAUCCAACACACAUUUUUUACAAGUGUUGUUUUUUUAAAUUUUUAAAAAUUUUUAAAUUAUUUUUAAAAAAUCGCACAUGCAUAUUUAACAAAUCUGACAGAAGAGGUUAUGUUCAUUAACGGUAUGAGCUGUAUUAUAAUUGGAGAUGUUAAAUAUGUAAAUUAUUUAAUUAUUUAUGACGCUAAAUCCCUCACAUUUGGUUUCCAUCAAAGGCAAACAAAACUAUUGAUUACAAUUACAAACAAGGGUGUGUACAUGUUAAAAGUUAAUGUUUUGAAUAGUUUAAAUAAAAUCCAAAAAAAAUUUCAAGUAAUGUUCUAUAAUGCAUUAUUUUUACUCCCUGAACAACAGGCCCUGCCAAGCCUAGAAAGGUUUAAGUCGAUUGUCCUUUGGUUUGGUGAUGACAUCCGGGCUUGGGAGAUGGCAAAACUUUUCUCCAAAAAACUUAACAGCAAAAGAUGUCACAUCAUCAGGUACAGCUUAGGUAGAUGUGUGACUUUUUAUUCAAAUCUAUUUUCUCCUCUCUGCAAACCCUCUAGAGGUUGUCUACUUUUCUUUUAUGCACCAAAACAUUUCUUGACUGUCUUGACAUUUUGUUUUCAUGUUUACUUCACUUAUACUCAUGGACAGAAACAACCUGGUGUUUAUCUUUACCUUAGGCCAAGCAUGGAAGAUCCCGGUCCAGUCACGGCAUUGAGCCAAGGUCUCAAACUCUCCACAAUUCUCAACAAGGCUCGGCCCAUUUCCCAUGAUUCCAUCGUGAAUUUCUCACAACUUCGACAGGAGGUGCUGUCCCAACUCAUGCACUGUGAACAGGUGGCAGGGGUCAAGGUAAUACUUUAAAGCUUACCCCACUUCUUCUGAGACAAAGGUCAUACAAUACUUCUGCUGUGUUGCCCUGGACUGCGUGGUGUAAAUGUUAAGUUGCAUCAGUUGAAACACAUUUGAUCUGAGGCCUAAAUUGUGAAAGAUAAUGAGGCUAAAUUGUUUUCAUUUGAACUUUAGUAUUUCCAUUUGUUAUAAGGAUUUGCAAACCUAUUUAAAGCUGUAGAAGUCACAUUAAGUUGUAGAAGUUCCUUUUCUACAAAUUAUCCUUUUUUAAAAUGGCUAUUGUUCAUUCCAAUAGUCAACUUUCCAAGAAGGUUCCUCACUGUAAAGACAUAUUGACAUGCUAUUUAUAUGUUUGUUAGUUACUUUUGAGAGUUCAGCAAGUUGUAUUUUAUGAAACGGGAAGCGUGUGUUAAAUUACCCAAUUUAUGUUGUACAUUUUUUAAAAAAAAUCUUUAUUCAGAUUUGUAUAGCAUCAUUUUACAACCUUAAUUUAUUUUAAAAAAUUUCUCACAAAUAAUUUCAAUCAAACGAAUUUUUUUUUUCACCCGUCUUUUCUUUGUUUAUAAUGUGGGUCUGCCAUCAAUCAUUUUAGCAUCUGAAAAGUGUUCCCAAAUAUUUGAUUAUGUUUUAUAUUUGUGGUCCAUUGCCAUGCCAUCUCACUGUUAUUUAUAUGUAAAUAUUUUUUCAGUGGAAAAGAUACCCUGUGCUGAAUAAACUUUUGAAAGGACACAGGAGAGGGGAGCUAACUGUGUUCACAGGCCCAACCGGAUCAGGAAAGACAACUUUCAUCAGUGAUUAUUCACUUGACUUGUGCAUGCAAGGAGUAGGUCACUUUGUCUUCAAAGUUAUUCUCCCCUGAUCCAUACAACCGUCCAUAGUGGCAAAAUUAUGAAAAGCAAAAAAACAUUUUUAAAAAAUGGGGAUAAAGGAAUGGAACAGAAUUCUAAAAAUCAUCAGUUGACCUGAAAUAAGUUCAGAAGAUGAUAAAUCUACAAUAAUUAAAUUAUUGCUUGUUAUCACAUUGGCAGAAGUUCCUUAACAAAUGAAAUUAAGUUUUUUUUUAAACGUAAAUGGUUUGUCUCUGGGAUCCCCUUGACUUAAAAAAUUAAUUGGGCAAGCUAGCUACAUUCUAAUCACCAGUUUUCAUUUUUUAUUUUUAGAAUCAGAAAUUCAAUAAAGGUCUAUUGUGUACACCUGAUUGCCUGUUUACAGUUAUAAUAGUAUUACUAUAGUAAAUAACCCAAUUUGUCAAUAAAAAAUAAAACCCAAUAAAAAAGGCUCAUAAAUCAGAUAUCAAACGUAAAAAGUAUUUGUUGGUACCCAAUCAAAGCUUAACCAUUUUAUGAUUUUGUUUAUAUCAAGUUCAGCCGUAUGUCAUGGAGAAAUAACCAGCAACUUUAUAUCAAGAAGAAAACUCCCCUGUUUCCUUAUUUUUAGAAUCAGAAAUUCCAAAUCCAAUGACAUGCCUGAGUCAUAUUAAUAUUACAAUUGUUAAGUCCUUAAAUCCGGCUCAAGUUGGAAUCUCAGAAACAGUAAUGUAAAUUUUAUAUCUUUUCCUUACAAAAACAAAGCCUGGAGAUUUUUAACCAAUAUAAAAAUUAGCGCUGGUUUAACUUUAAAAAAUCUAAAUUGAUAUCAAAAACAAUAUAUUGGAAAAUUCCUUAUUAUCUUAUCGAAGACAAAGGAUAGGGACCCAAUUUCAACAAGAUGGCGACAGCCUUGGUAUUUCUAAAUCCGGCCCUAGAAAACUCGUCAAUAGGGUUAAUCAUAUGACUUAAUUUUUUUUCUAAAACCCUCACAGACAGCUUUCUAGAACCCAAUUAAAUAACAGCUGCCUUAGAUUUCCUUUUCAUUGAUGCUAAAAGAAGGGGCGUGUCCCUCAAUCAGACCUGUUUACUCUUACGAUUUUAGCGUAGAAUGUACGAUUUUGAGAUGUAUACAUUAUAUAUACUGUAUGUUUAUUUUUUACUAUUAAGAUAAUGUAUUGAAUGAUUUUGUGAGGACGUUGUAUGAUUUUAAGAGUUUGAUGGUAAACAGGUCUGCUCAAUAUAUGAUGGUUGGUCUUAAUGUCUUUGUUACCUUUAACAGGUGAACACACUGUGGGGCAGCUUUGAGAUCAACAAUGUGAGACUCGGCAAGAUGAUGCUGACCCAGUUUGCCCUGUGAGUGUUUGAGAUCAGUUGACAGAAGUUUCAAUCGGCCAGCUUUUUAAAAAAAAAUUCAGAUAAAUCUCCUAUUUGAAAAGUUUAAAAAAUCAGGCAACUCACAUUUUUCGCAGUUUAAAGAAAUCCCCCAGUAGUGAAGCCAAACUCACAAUUUUUGAAGUAGAAAAAAUUCUAAGAUUGGUUUUGUGACAAGCCCAGUGUGUGGUUGUUUUUUUGUUUUGUUUGCUUACAAGAAGUGUGCUUAGUACUGUUAUGUAGCACACUUUUUAUGUGCGUGAGCUUUACUUGACCUAGAUUAGAAUCCUAGCAGACAGUAACGUCUGUUGUGGCCUAUUCGUUUGAUGUAUCUUGUUUACAACCGUGUUUACCAAUUAAGCAUGUUAGACUCUCUCCUGGUAUUUUCUCGAAUGUGCUCGAUAACCCGAGAAAUGUAAACAACACGUCAUAAGUCUUUUCUGGAAGGCUGGGCUUACGCGACCUAUAUAAGGGAUUGACAGGGAGGGACGGGGAUUCAGAUAGAUAUUAUUAACUUUACAAGGCGUGUAUUAUUCUUUGUGUAUUUGUGUGCUCGUACUUACAUGUGUUUAUUUCGCAUUUCAUCAUUAUUCAUUGGCAUAUCAUUCUGUGUUAAUUGUGUACCGGUACAAGAUCUACCAUACUGUAAGUGAUGAUUUAUAAUGAUAUUUCUUUUCUUUUGUAAUUACAUUAAUACUUAUUAAAUCUUAUUAAUUGUAACUAGAAACUGUUUUGGGUGUCGUAUCUUUAAUAUUGUUGACUAUAUGGUAUCGUCCUUUGUUAGGCACUGUUUACAACGAGCCAAUUAAAAUUAAAAUAGGAGAUUAAUUUCUCAUAUUAGAAGCCAGUGCGUAACAGUACUUAACACGGGUUGUUUGUUUACAAGAAGUGUGCUCAGUACCUAACACGGGUUGUUUGCUUACAAGAAGUGUGCUCAGUACCUAACACGGGUUGUUUGCUUACAAGAAGUGUGCUCAGUACCUAACACGGGUUAUUUGCUUACAAGAAGUGUGCUCAGUACCUAACAUGGGUUGAAGUGUUUUACAUGUCUGCAUUUUUGUCCUCAGUAAGAAUCUGUCCAAACACCUGGACUUGUUUGACCACUACGCUGACCAGUUCCAGACCCUGCCCAUGUACUUUAUGACGUUUCAUGGACAGGAAAAUUUGAAAAGGGUUAUAGAUGUGAGUAUACUUUGUUCAUAGAUGUGAGUGUACUUUGUAAAUGUAAGUAUACUUUGGUUAUAGAUUAAGUAUACUUUGGUGAGAGAUGUGAGUAUCCUUUUGUGAAUGUAAGUAUCCCUUUUUUUAUAGAUGUGAGUUUACUUUGUAAAUGUGAGGUUACUUUGGUUUUAAAUGUAAGUAUACUUUGAUAAGAGAAAUUGGUAUACUUUGUUUUUCUAGUGUCGAUCUAUACUUAAGUUGUUGAUUUUGGUAAACGUUUGGUUCGUGCAAGAAUAUUCUUUUAUUUUUUUCUACAUAGUACAAAUAUAGUUAUUUCAAGCCAUGUCCUAUGCUUUCCAUGUCGAUGUAAAAUUGUUUCAGAAUAUGUCCCAUGCUGAAUAUGUCCAUGUAACAAUGUUUCAGGCCAUGUCCCAUGCAGUCUAUGUCCAUGUAACUUUGUUUUAAGGCCAUGUCAGUGCUGUGUGCUGUAUAUGUCCAUGUAACAUUGUUUCAGGCCAUGUCCCAUGCUGUCUAUGUCCAUGACAUCGGUCAUGUCAUACUGGACAACCUGCAGUUUAUGAUGGGGAUCAGUGGCUCCGAGUGGUCUGACCGCUUCAUGAAGCAGGACUCUAUGAUUUCAGCUUUCAGAAAGUUUGCAACAAAUAUGAACUGCCACGUGACAUUGGUCAUACAUCCACGGAAGGUAAUUCAAAUAACUUUUGGUUUCCUGCAGAAGUCACAACAUAUAAUCAGUUAAUCACUACACAAUUCAUUUAUGUUCCACAUAAAUCAUGCAUUCACCAUAUAAAUCAUUUAUUUACUACAUCAUCAUACACAAAAAACAUAAGUCUCUACAUAAGACAUUCAACUACUGUUAUAUUAGUCAUUCAUUCUGUACAUAAGACAUUCAACUACUGUUAUCCGAGUCAUUCAUUCUCUAUAUAGGACAAUACAGCUGGUGUCAUUUUUGUUGUUGCUGUUAGCAUCAAAUUAUUUUAUUUUGAUUUAUUUUAAAAUUUUACUGUUGAAUAUCUUGUCAUUUAUUGGGACCGUGACACUGUUUCCUCCCCUCAUUUUUGGAGUCACCGAAACUUCACACCUCUAGGCUUUCACUUUCAUUGCAGUGGCUGUGGUGCUGUUUAAAAAUGUACCAUAUGUUGUUUACAAACACACCAAUGAUGUUUACAAACACACCAAUUUUGUUCACAAAAACACCAAUGUUAUUUACAAGCACACCAAUGUUAUUUACAAGCACACCAAUGUUAUUUACAAGCACACCAAUGUUGUUCACAAGCACACCAAUGUUGUUGACAAAGACACCAAUGUUGUUUACAAAGACACCAAUGUUAUUUCUGACUAGGAAAAAGAGAGUGAAGACCUGACAACAGCCUCUGUGUUUGGAACGGCCAAAGCUACACAGGAAGCUGACAAUGUCCUAAUACUGCAAGACAAGCGACUCACAUCGGUGAGAGGAAAGAAGUACCUGCAGGUGAAUGUCAUCUCAUGUCAAUCUUGUAAUAGAUUAGUUCACUAAAAAGUUUUGCUACACCUGCACUUGUGCUAAAGUAAACAAAUUUUUUACAAACUGUAAUUUAUGCACACCAAGAAUUAAUGCUUCUACUGAAAAGUAUAGUGAUUGUUAUGUACUAAAAACGAAUGCUAGUGAAACAUGAACAUGAAAAAAUAAUCCUAUUAAUGUACACAAAAAUAAUGCAAAUAAUUUAUAGACAAAAAUGUAAACUGAUUGAUGUCAUUCUCUAGCCUUACCUUAUUUAUUAGUUUAGAAUCUAAUGAUCUAUGCCUAAUUCUCCCUGAAAAGUCUGACUUAGGUUCCGGUAACAAAAUAAAACUCUGGAAUUUGUAGUUGUACUCAAGUUAAAAGAAAAAAAUCUUCUCCAUGGAAAAAAAAAAAAUCAGCUUUUAUUUUCAGUACCACAUGGUUUUAAAACACAAUCUGAGUAGCCCACGGCUUUAAAACACAACCUCAGUACCACAUUGCUUUAAAACACAAUCUCAGUACCCUAUGGCUUUAAAACACAAUCUCAGUACCACAUGGCUUUAAAACACAAUCUCAGUACCCUAUGGCUUUAAAACACAACCUCAGUACCACAUGGCUUUAAAACACAAUCUCAGUACCCUAUGGCUUUAAAACACAAUCUCAGUACCACAUGGCUUUAAAACACAAUCUAAGCCGCCACAGUUUAGGAAAUUAAAAAAAUAAAAAAAUGCGGUUAGUUACAAAACGUUUCUCUGAGGCUCACACUAAAUUUGACUGUUUGCAGGUGACCAAGAACCGUUUUGAUGGUGAGCUGGGUCUGAUGCUGCUCAAGUUUGACAAAGAAUCUCUGAGCUUUGCCGUGACCAAGGAGAAAGAGAAAACACAGAAAUCGGAACAGGAGGCGGGAGAAAAUGAAGAUAUUGCAGACGAGAAGGAGGAGGGCAAGAAGGAUGAAGAGUUGUGACGUCAAAGUGUUACUAUAACUUGUGUUAAUUUUUUAU